CAGUUACUCCUUAUGAAAAUCUCUGAACUCUAUAAACAUUGCGACGAAAUCACUUAGGGGGUUUUAAAGAAGCACAAUUUUAACCUUUUUGUCGCACACUUGAGCGUUCCUUUCGUUCCCAUGAAAUUCCUUGAACCAGGAAAUGGAUCAAGAUGAAAGGCAGAGGAAAUUAGAGGCCGGACGAGCAAAGCUUGCUCACUAUAGACAGCGCCGGGCGAAAAGCGAAAGCUCGAGCACGCAGAAAAAGACGGCGAAGAGGAAGAGCCAGAAUGUCCAAACGAAUGACCGGUCAGCAGAAGAGCGCCACCUAGAGGACACACAGACACAUGAUUUUCAUGGAGAGAUCAGCAGGGAAUACUCAAUAGAGGCGUCACUCAAAGCUGAUGGCACAGACAGCAGCAUUCCAGAAGCCCAUCAGUGCGAAAGAGAGAGCGAUGAAUCUGACGUCCAGGAAAAGAGCUCCUCCUCUGGGUCUCUGGCAGAGCUGCCUGAAGACCAACUUACAGAAAUGAUUGUAGUUGCACACACUGGCAAAGAACAACUGAAGCAAUUGCAGGCUGCAGUAGAGAAACGCAAUGAGAUCAUAUCACAGCUUAGCAAGAACCUGCAGGUGGCACUGCAAAGCAGAGACCAGGUUCAGCUGGAGGCACAGCAGCUCACAGAUCAGAUUCAGGAACUACAACAGCAGCUUCAGCAGGCUAAAGAAUAUCUGCGCAGCAAAACUCAAGGGUGUGUAGAUGUGACGCAGGCUGCUCAGAAUCAGUUGCAUGUACAGUUGGAGGAGUCACAACAGGUAACUAAAGAACAAGAGUCCCUCUUGGCCCAAAAAGAAGCGGAGAUCACGGAACUGCAACAGAAAUUGGGUGUCAUGAAACAAUCCCUUUCGCAGCUUCAACAUGCCUUUAACCAUAGAAGUGAUGAUCAAACAGAUUUAAGACUGGAGCAACACAGUGGUUUUGAUUUAGCCAGUGUGAGUGCCGAGUUCCCAGGUAACCAUUCUGACUCAAUAUCUGAUGUUUUACUGCAACGCCUUCAAGUUGAGCUAGACGAAGAGCGAAAGAACAGUCAGCGAGCUCAAGAACAAGUGGAAGAAUGUCAAAAGAGGAUACAGAGUCUGGAAAACGAGAAGACUCAGAUGGAAGCUCACCUGGCUGUAGUUGCUGCGAAACAAGCCCUGGACAUCCAACAAUAUAAAGCAGAGAAGGAUGAACUGAAUCAGGAAAUGGCCAGACUAGAUAAUCUUGUCAAGGAACUGCAAAAUCAUCUUCGUGAAGAGGAGGAGACGGGACACCACAUGCGCUCCAAAUACGAAGCUGACAUUUCCAAUUAUGAUCUCCGGCUUCAGACUCUGGAGGAGGAAAGGGAGUUGAAUGUAGCCCAGCUCACUGAAGCCCAUGAGGCAGCUCUUCAACACAUGCAGGAGGAGCACUCUGAGGAGAUUCAUCGCAUCAAAGAGCUUCUAAACCAAGCCAAAAGUCAAUAUUCUGAUUCUCCUCAUAACCAUUCCAAAGAUUUUGGUCGAGAAGAACUCUGGAACAAAGUCUCCAAACAGAACUUUAGUGAGGGGCCUGCAGCGGAGGGUGUUGUCAGAAACAACUAUAGUUUUGACGUUUCUGGAGGGGGUUUCCAGGACGUUCUGAUGGAGCGUUAUUUGGCUUCUGAAGGGCUUCAAGAAAGUUCCUUAAUUGAAUUAGGUCUGGAGGAACAUAGCUUGGUGGAGAAUUCUGAAACGUCUAGGUUUGAGCUUGACAGCGAGGUCAUGAUUCAGCUUUCAAAUGUCCCUAACAACGUCUCAUCUGAUGGUGAAAAAUCCAAGCCAGAACAAUCUGUAAUUUCUGUCAGUGAAGUGCACCAACCUGAUGAAAUGUCCUUCACUGAUGCUCAAUGGCAAAACUCAACCUCGGUCAUUGAAGAGAUAAAUGAGAGCACAGGCAACAUUGAUUUGGCUAAAGAGCUUUUGAUCCAGCAGUGCCAAGACCUGUCAGAGCAGUUAGAGGAGCGGGAAAGGCAGCUUGAGGUGCUCCAAGAGGAGGUCCGACGCUCUGCGGAAGAAGUUGAGGAGGCACGGGAGCGUUGGAGCAAAGCUUCAGAGGAGCUUGAGCAAGCAAAGUGGGAGCUGGAACUGGAACGUGAGAAACGAAUCAGUGAGGAAGUUAUUAGCCAGAAAACGCAUGAAAAAGACAACCUCAAGGACAUACUGAGCCACAUGCAAACCCAGAACAAUGAAAGGAUAAUGCCUGAGAACACUGAUUCUAAUAAGACCUCAAUCCCUUCUUCUGCAGAGUUGCUGCUAAAGGAACUACAAGAAGAAAAGGCACAGUUGGUGCUACAGCUCAAACAUCAGGAGCAACUAUUGAAGGAUAUCAAGGAGAAGAAAGCAGCAGAUGACUCUGACAGCAGUGAACACUCCACUUUGCAAGUUCAGAGAGAUGAGUUGUUAAUUCAGCUUGAGCAACUAAAGGAGAAAAACCAAGCUACGUCAGUGCUGCUUGGUCAAAGGACUUUGCAGGUGGACCAAACCAAUAAUGAGCUUUUGCAGCUUAAAGCUGAAGUAGAGGAGAAGGUUGCAAAGUUGCAAGACUUGGAGAAAGAGAAGACAGACCUUGAGUCUAAACUAGCAUGCCUUAAAGAAAACCUCACCAACAUAGAAGAGGAGAAAGCUGCCUUGGAAAAGCGUCUUCAGGCUUUAGAAGAUCAAGUGAAGAGCAUGGAGAACAUUCUAGAGACUGAACUAAAGAACUUUGAGAAUCAACUUGAAUCAAAGGAUGCAGAGCUUAAGGAAAUUAGGGAAUCACAAGAGAAGGCUGAAGAGGAAUACAUGGAAAAGGAGAGUGCCUUAAUGAAAGAACUUUACAUAGUCAAACAAGAUGUGGAGGAAAAACAGAAACAACAUGAGGAGGAGCAAAGAAUGCUGGAAGAGAAACAUAGGAAAGAGGUGAAAUAUUUGAAUGUGCGUUUUGAGCGAGAACUUUCAGAACAGUCUGCCCAUCUCGAAGAUGAGCAGAAGAGACAGAUCUGCUUAAUUAAACAGAUCUAUGAACGAGAGCAUGAGCGGGAGUUGACGCAGCUUGCGGCUCAACACCAUGAGGAAAUCAACAGGCUUAAGGAUGAAUUUUCGAGGGAUCUCCAAGAUGGCAUGGAGGCUGCACAUCAAGCUGAACUACUACACACACAAACCAAGCACAACCUGGAGCUGGAAGCCUUGCGUCUCAGCCUUACCAACUUGCACACAGCUCAACUGGAGCUUUCUCAAUCCAACAUGCAGAAAGAUAAGGAUGUGGCUCUUAGUGAGCUCCAGACUAUGCUCCGAGAGAAAUGGGCACAGGAGAGCGCCAUGUUACAGACGCGUCAACAGUUUGAGCUUGAAAGAAUCCGUGAGCAGAACCGAGAGCAAGAGGAACGGAACCAGAGAGUGCACCAACAAGAGAUUGAUAAUCUGAAUCAAAAGUGGGAGACGAGACUCGUUGAAAUGAAGACCUCAGUGGAACAAUUGCAGGCCUGUAAACUGGAGGAUCUUAAGACUGAAUGGCUCUUGGAGGGAGAGAAGAUCAAGACCGAGCUCCAGAGUCAAUUAAAUGAUGUCCUUCAUAAACUGAGCGAGGCCGAGACGGCCCUCACUCAAGCUGAAGCAGCUCUAUCUGACACGCAGGGCAAACUAGAAGAACUGCAGCGUUCCAGCGAUGACGACCUCAAGAAUCUGGAGAAAGAGCUCAAGCAGGCCUUGAUGGACCGAGAUGCUGCUGCACGUGCAGUUGAGGAGUUAGUUGCUUGUCACAAGGUGGCACUGCAGGAGCAACAGGAACGCACUCGAGUGUUGGGACAGAGAGAAAUCGAACUGAAGCAAGAGGUUGACCGUCUACAGUCUGAAAAGGAGGAACUGAAGACCAGCUCAGAACAGGAGAUCUCCAACCUGUGGUCCCAGCUGGAGAGCAUGAGAACCAGCAGACAGGAGCUUGGGGAGCUGAAAGACCAGUUGCUAGCGCGCUCGUCGCGGGUUGAUGACAUUGAGAGGCUGAAACAAGAGUUUACUCAGCAGCGACAGGAAAUCAAAGAACAGAACGAGGUGGAGCUGGAAAACCUCCGCACCUAUUUUGAACACAGACUCCGGGUCACGGAAGAGAGCCAUCGGGAAGAAAUUGCACUCCUGCAGCUGCGGCUUGUAGAAGGAGCUCUGGAGGACUCUGUGCUCAAGACUGGAGAUGCAAGUUUUCUCUUAGAAGGGAAGUGUGAAGACGACAACAGUGAUGCGAUGGCAGAGAUUACAAGGCAACUGGAGAAGCACAAGGAGGAGCUGGAUUCCUUACGGCUGCAGUUAGAGGAGAGACACCAGCAGGAACUGGAGCAGUUGCGCUCCACCAUGACUCUGGCUUAUAAAGAAGAUCUACUCCAGGCUCGCACUGAACUUACGGACCGAUACUACAAAGACAUCGACCAGCUCAACACCAAACACGCUCAUGAACUAGAACAGCUCCGCGCCAAACUCUCAGACAACCAUAUCAAAGAAAUAAACAAGAUACGGCUACAGUCUGCACAAGAAGCAGCAAGGCAAGCAGAGGCUGAAGUAAAGGAGAGAACUCAAGAUCACCAGGCCAGGGUCAGCCAGCUAGAGUCUCAGCUGUCUCAGCUCUCCAAAAUGCAUUCAGAGGAGCUGGAGAAAGUGGCGACACAACACCGUGAGCAGCUCCGGCAGAUGGAGGAGACGCACCAGAAAUAUGUUGCUGAAAAGUUGGAGACGCAGAAGGCAGAGAGGAUUCGUGUGAGUGAGGAGUUCACUGAAAAACAAGACCGUCUGAGAGAGCAGCUCCAUCUUCAAGCUGAAAACCAAUUGGCUUCCCAGAGAGAGGAGCUUCAGAAAUCUGCCCUGGAAGAAAGAGGGAAGUUGGAGCAGAGGCUUCUGGAGGUCCAAAAACAGCUUUAUAUGGAGAGCGAGAAGCUUGGGGCACUGCAGAAGAGUCUGGAGUGUGAAGAGAGCCCUCAGGUGGUGGCGCUGAAACAGAAACUCCAGACACAGUAUGAUGGAGAGAUGUGCACUGCAAAGAGUGCCAUGGCAGCGGAGGUGAAAGAGCUGAACGCACUGCUUCAGGAUCAGUUGAAGAGCAAGCUCCAAGAGGCCCUCUGCAGGCACCAGGAAGAGCAGAAACAGCUGGAGGACAACUUGACUCUUCAGAGAGAUGCUGCUCUGGAUAAGCAGAGAGAACAGCAUGCCAUGGAGCUGCAGACUCAGAACACACUCCUGGAGCAGAGAGCUGCACAAUUAGAGCAGCUGGAAAAGGAGUGCCAGGAGCUCAAAAUACACCACCGGGAAGAACUGGAGUCCCUGAUGGCCAAUCACAAAACGGCCUUAGAGACCCUCGAGAUGGAACUCACAAAUGAACACAAGGCGGAGCUCGACAGAUUGGAGGCGGUCCUUCAGGAAACCAACUUGGCACAGCUUGAAGCACAAGAAGCGGAGCUUCAGGCGCGCCACAAACAGGAGAAGGAGGAGCUUGAAGAAAGGCUGUUAGCGAACAUGGAUACACUGGAGAGCACAUACCUGAAAGAAAUACAGUUAGUGCAAGAUGAGAAGCGAGGAGAACUGCGUGAUCUUCAAGAACACUAUACUGAGGAGAUUGAGAGGGUGAGAAAGGAGGAGCAAGUCAUUAGAGACGAGCUCAGGAGUGAGUUAGCUAAGGUCCACAUGGAGAAGUUCACCGCCAUGGCAGCAGAGUUAAAUCAAGCCCAUCAGGCUGAGAUGUCUGAAGCAGUCUCUUCUCAGAGGGCAGCUCUUGAAGACGGACAUCGAUCCGCUCUGGAAGCUCUUCAGCAGCAAGUGCUUGCUUUGGAGGAUCAGCACAGCGGCGCUCUUCUGGAAAUCACUGAUCUUGCGAAUGCAGAGAAACAGCUACUUCAAAAACAACUGGAUGUGCUGGCCACUCAACACCAGCAACAGCUACAGGAGUUUAGAGGAGUGUCUGCCAGGGAGCUGGAGGCUCUGCGUAGGGAAUUAGAGGAAGAAGCGUCAAGACAACGGCUCCACUUCCUGGAGGAGGCAGAGCUCCUCAAGUGUAACGCUGAGGAGCAGCUGCAGCAAAAAAUCACACUAUUAAAGGAGGAGAGCGAUCAGGAAAAGGCCGUUGCUCUUGAGGAGCUGGAGAAGACUUUGAGACAGCAACACGAGCAAACUGAACUCUCUUACAGUGACAAGAUGAGCCAGCUCACUGCUCAACUACAGCAGCUAGACACUGUUGUGUCACAGCUGCGAGCAGAGGUCAGUGGACUGCAGGGGGAGCUAGAGGGCAAAGGAGCAGAAAUGGACACGCUUGGGACCCUCCUGCAUCGCAGAGAACGGGAGAAACAGGAGGGAGACAAUCUAAUGGCCAUGCUCAGAACAGACCUCAGCACGGCCACACAGCAAAGACAAGACCUGCAAACAGCAAGAGAUAAACUACAGCGCAUUGUCAAAGAGAUGCUUCGAAUCACUGUGGCAACGGAAGAGCACAUCUGCCACAAGUUAGGGCCGUGUGUUUCAGGUGGUCAGUCCGAGGACAAAACGCCCAGCUCCAUGGCAGCCAGAAGUAGCCAUGAUUCACAUGAAACUGGAGAGACGAUUGGUGUGGAAGCAGAAACUGACUGUAGCGUGUGGUCUUCCGCUGUGGAUGAGGUGUCCGAGUUGUCUCAGAGGCUUUGUGAGAGUGUGUUCUCUGGCCCGGAGGGUGAGCUGGAGGCAGAAGGAGAGGAGCUCAUGUUAGGAGCCUGUACACGUUUGCGGACCGCUGUUGAUAAGCUACUGGAGCUGCUUUCAGAGACUUCGCAACAGCUGGAGCAGAUGUGUGGUCUGCAGGCUGUACUAAAUGAGCGAUUCCGAGAUGGAGGUGAAGCCGGCGCGUCUCUGCUGUUUCAGAACUCUCAGCUCCUAGAGCAGCUUGACCAUGAGGCCAGUCUGAAGAGCCAGCUACAGUUGGAGCUUCACAAGGCUGAAGGUCUGAUUGAAGGCUACGUUGCUGAGAAAGCUGCUUUGGAGGAGGUGCUUCAGCAGAAGGAGACGCAGGAACAGCGUCUGGCAGAGGAGCUGGAGAGAGCACGCAUGCAGCUAAAGCAGAUUGGCGAGAAUCACACUCUUCUCCUGCGCCAGAGAGAAGCCCUCACUGCCGACCUUGGAGACACGGAGAAGGCUCUUCUGGCGGAGGCCGAGCGUCUCGGCCAGGAGUGUGUGGAAGUUCAGCGGCAGGCGGAGAAGGAUCGCGGUGGCUUGGCGUCCCGUCUGCAGAUGCUGGAACAGGCCCUGGAGGAGCAGGAGAGCCGUGCGCAACAGCUGGAGGAACAGCACCGCCUGCAGACUGAAGACCUGCAGCAACAUAUUGAUGCUCUAGAGAAACAGCUCAAACAUAACCGGCAGUUCAUCGACGAACAAGCAGUGGAACGGGAGCAUGAAAGAGAUGAAUUUCAGCAAGAAAUCAAGAAUCUGGAAGCUCAGUUAAAACAUCCAUCUAAAGGACAUGCAUCAGUUGACAGCAAGGGUCAAAGGGUGGAAAGUCUUCAGGCUCUGAUCAAAGACAAAAUGGAAGACUACAGUGUACUAUUAUUAGCGAAAGAGCAGUGCCAGCGUGACGUGGAAGAGCGUAAUGAAGAAAUUGAAAAAUUGGCAACUCGUAUCCGCGAGCUGGAGCAGGCGUUGCUGAGCUGUGCAGAAGCAAGCCGAACGGUAACACAGCUGGAGCAAGAACUUCAGAAAGGACACAAGAACUUUCAGGAGCUCACACAGGAUAAAGAAGCUUUGCAGCAGCAGCUGUAUGCUAAUAAGCUCCAGAUCUCGGCUCUUCAGUCCAAACUGGAUGAGACCAGACACCGCUUUCCUGAUGUGACCCCUGACCCAAACGUUCUGGAGCAGCUGGAAGCAACACAACAGGAUUUACUAGCCAAAGAACAAGAAGUGGAGUUGCUGUCAGAGCGUGCAAGCGAGCUUGAGAAGGAUCUGGUAGUAAGGGAGGAAGAGGUCAGACAGCUAACACUACAGCUUGAGCUCACAACCAGAGAAAGCAGAGCUACAGAAGAACAGCUUCAUGCUCACAUCACGCACCUGCAGGAGACUGUGGACACACUAACAAGACGACUGGAAGAGGGUAGCGACGAAUCCAUCCUUCAGCUGCCUUCUGCUCUUCUGGAAGAAAAGAAUCUAGAGAUCGACCACUUGAACCAGCAGGUCCUUCAGCUGCAGCAGGAGUUGGAUAUGACCAACAAUAAUAAGAUUCUAGAGGAAAAGCAAGCUGAGAUUGAAGAACUUUGCUCUCUGGUAGAACGACUCCGUUGUGACCAGGAACGUUUACAGCAGGCAAAGGAAGAAGAAAUGGAGCAGCUUCACGAGGUUAUUAACAAGCUUCAAGAGGAGAUAAGCCAGCUUGACCCCAACCAUCAUGAGGUCAGCGACCCCAACACUGACAGCCCCGAGUCGUCAGACUUUACGUGGUCUCCUCGUCCUCGCCAGCAGAGGGCAUCUGAAGAAAGCCUGUGCCAGGAGCUCAACAGCCACAGACUGCAGUCGUCCCGCGCCCGCUUGCAGGAGUUGCAGACUGAGCUGGAACAGGCCACCGGCGAGAAGGACUCCCUUCAGAGACUGCUGCAUUCCCAAGAAGAACAUUAUGGAGAUCAGGUGGAGGCGCUUGGACGGACUCUUGGAGAGGAAAGGGGAAAAGUGGCCGUGUUGGAGCAGGAGUUAAAAAAACUGACACUCCAGCUGGAGGAGAAAAGGACAGAAGCUGAGCGAUUGGCAGCCUGUGUGGAAGAGUUAGAAUAUCAAGAACGAUCUCAUCAAUCCUGCCAGAGGGAGUUGGAGCUCCAGUUGAGAAUGGUGGAGGAGAGAAGAGACGAGUUUCAGGAGGAGGUGAAGAAGCAGCGUGUUGAGAAGGAGCUUCUGGAAAACCAGAUCUCUGAGCUCCAGCACAGAGAGGAGGAGAAUCAGGGCGAGCUUGAGGAUUUACGGUCCAGACUUGAAGAGCUUGAGGAGCACGUCCAAGCAGGCAGGGUCAACCUCAGUGCCUUGGAAACCAGCAAAUGCGAGCUGUCCUUGGAAAGAGAGGCUCUGAGAAAACGUGAGGGAUGUCUCCAAGAGGAAAUUGAGCGUUUAAGACAGGACAUGACAUCGAAGACGAACUACAUAAAAGAGCUGCAUGAGCAACAAGAGGAGGCGGUUGCUAAGCAAGGAGAAGCUCAAAAAGAAGUACUGACAUGUGCUGAAGAGACCUUGGCUAAAGCUGAGACUGCUCUUCGUGAGCGUGAACAGCAGCUGAUCCUCCUGAGGGCUGAGCAUGAGGCGCUGAGGGCGGAGCUUGCUGCUGUGAAGGAGGGGCUUAGUAACAGCACAGAGAGGGCUGAGAAGCUCCAGGAAGAGGGACAGACGAAAGAUCGUGCAUUGGCUGAUCUGGAAAUCCAUAACCAGCACCUAAAGGCAGAGCUGCGGAGUCUGCAGGAUGACCUGGCCGUUCAGGAGGAAGAGCUGGCCUAUCAGCAGCGAGAGCUAGAGCAGCUCCGUCAGCGCUGCAACCUCCAGGACCACCAUCCCAAACACGGCUACCGCUUCCUUGAGGGCCUUUCUCAGGACCCGUCCCUGUCUGCCUCGCUGUCCUCCCCUGAAGUCCUCCGGCGGUUGGACUGCAGUGAAGAGCGCCCGUCCCGCCUGCAGGUAUCUCACCUCUCAGAGCUCAGCGCGCUUCACAACGCCAGCCUGGAGCUCAACAGCAAGCCUUCACCCAUGGAGCGGGACAAAGAGAGAGUACACCUCAGACAAACUUUCAGCCCAGCGUCAGAGGAAGCUCCACCCAGCACACACUCUGCCUCUCCGUGCUCAAUUACUGUGUCUGAACACCUCUCUGUGCUCGAGUCACUGGAUGCAGAUAAGGUUGAUGAAUUGGACGAUUUAGAUGUCACACCAUCUCGGUCCCCUCUUGGCUCCACCUCUCCUGUGUCUGUCCCUGAGUGGAUCAGCGAUGGAUAUGGCAGCAACGUGAGCUCAGAGCUGGAGGCCAUGCUGAAGCUUGAGUUGGAGAAUACGGAGCGUUUAGAUGCUCAUUUUGUGGAGUAUCUGCGCUGCAGAGGAAUGUCACCUGCUGAAAACACAGAUAGUGCUGCAGGCAGCAUGCAUGACAGUCAUGAGGCCCUCACACCUGAGUUACAGGCUAUGUUGAAGCGUGUCUACCAGGAAAGCUGCAGAAUCCUGUCUUUGUCCCAUCGGCCUGCCCCAUCUGGCCAGUCCCGGCCAGACUCUGAUCCUGCUCCGCCCCCCUCCUGGCAGAGGGAGAGACGGGCCUUACAGGAGACCAUCUUAUCACUCAGAGAGCUGCUCUGCAGGAUGGCUGACAGGGAACCCAGGGCUGAUGAUGGGGAUGUGGACUGGAGGCGUGAGCUGCUGCAGGCAGUGCGCAGUGUGUUUGACAGUGAAAGAGAGUGGCUUCACACUCAGCUUCAGGCUUUCAUGGCAACCAGCUCUCAGAUGGACCUCACCCCUUUGCUGGACCAGCUGAAGAAACUGUUUCAGACGCAGGAGGAGCAGCAGUGGAAAUCAUUAGAGCAGAUUUUUAAUGCAGACCGUCACAGUCUACUGGCUGAGGUACGCAGUCUGCAUGCACAGCUCCAUGCAAGCACCCAGCAGAGCCAACAACAGCUGCGACAGCUCCAGGAUUCCUUGCACUCCACAAAAGAACAGGGGAUGGAAACGCAACAUCAGCUGCAUAGUGAUGUUAAAGACUUGGAGAUGCGACUGCAGCAAGAACAAACACACUCAAGUGAUCUGCGCUGCUCUCUGGAGGCUGAGAAGAGCAGAGGAUUGGAGCAGCAGAGACAGCUGGAGGCGGAGCUUAAGGCUGUGUUAGUGCUGAAGGCGGAGCUAGAGGAGAUGAGAAUGGAGCUGCAGUCAUCAUACAAGCAUCAAGGAGAAUUAAAGAGCGAAAUACAUAAGCUCAGGCUGAGUCUGGAAAACUUUGAGGCUGAACGUCAGACUUCUUCACAGGCUGUGGAGAAAGAGCAGGUUAAAGUACAGGAGCUGCAAGAGGAACUUCAACAGCAACAACUCAACAGCCAACAAACAAUUGAGCAACACAAACAAACCCAGGAGUCUUUGCACCAGGCUUUAAAUGAGCAAGCAUCACAUGUCAGUCAGCUUAACUCUGCUCUUGACCAGGAGCGCAUCACAUCCAGUAACCUGCGCUCCGAGCUCCAGAUCGAACAGUCUCGUUGUGAGGCCCUACUGGCCCAGGAACGCGAGCGCACAGAACUUGCACUGUCCCGCCUGGAGGAGGAACGUUCUCGAUCCACAGAGCUCUCCAAUUCUCUCUCUCGCCAAGCCCAGGAGCAUGCACGCCGUUUAGAGGAGGAGGCCCGCAGACAGGAGUCAGCUAGUGCUCACGACCGAAAGUUCAUCCAGGACCUCCGGGCACAGCUUGAACACGAGAGGAGUCAGGGAGAAGACCUGGCAGCCAUGCUGGAGCGUCUGCAAGGGCAGGUGCUGGAAGGGAAACGCAGGCAAGCUGAGGCGGCCGAGCUGGAGGCGCACAAGGAGCAGGAGGAGGUAAGGAGGCUCCGUGCGGCACUGGAGGGCCUGCAGAAUCAGAAGACUGAGGUCGGGCGCACUCUAGAGGCAGAGCGGGGACGAGCCACUCAGUUACAAGUGGAGUUGGAUUCGAUGAAGGAAAAGAUGAGAGCAGUGAGAGCGAGGGAGGAACAGAAUGAGAGGCAGAGGAAGCAGGAGCAGGUGGAAAAGGAGCGCAGACAGGAACACGCCAAUGAGAAACUGCUGGAGUUGGAGUUGUUGCAUCAGAAGGAUCAGCAGAAGUUAAAGCAGCUGCAGCAGACGCUUACUGACCUGGAGAAGGAAGAGAAACGGCUUACUUCAGAACGCCUGCAGAGAGAGACACACUCCAAUGCCCUGAAUAAGCUCACAAACAUCUCACAGGACUCCUCCACUCCCUCUCUAAUUGAGCGUUUGCUGAAGGAGAAUUCGGAGUUCUCUGAAUGUCUUGCUACUCUGAGUGAGGAGAAGAUCUCCCUUAAACACACUAUAUCCUGUCUGGAAAGAGACCUGCAAAGCCUCAAGCGCAUGGAGCAGGUGAAGUCCUCUGCGGUUACAGAGGAAUGCAUGGUGGCAGAGAAACUGACCUGGCAGAAGGAAAAAGCAACUCUUCAGUCUGCAUUGCGAAAGGCAGAGGCGGAACUGUCGAAAGCUACAGCUAGCAAUGAAAACAGACCCAUUAAUGACCUCUCAAACAGCAAGGUGCAGCGGCUCUACGAGAGGUACCUUCGAGCAGAAAGUUACAGGAAGUCUCUGGUGUAUCAGAAGCGUUAUCUUCUGCUGCUGUUGGGAGGAUUUCAAGAAUGUGAGCAGGCAACUCUUGCACUGAUUGCUCGAAUGGGUGCCCAGCCCACACUGAGCCAAUCACGCGUCUCCAGACCUCUAAACCGCUUCAGAACUGCUGUCAGAGUCGUCAUUGCCAUCUCAAGACUGAAGUUCCUGACCAGGAAAUGGCAAAGAGCUACAAGGAAAAUCUCAGCAGGCACUGCUACAGUUAAUGUGCAUGGAACAGGGCCAAGUGCAGCUCCUGCUCUGAGGACUGAAGUUCUGAGGCCACAGCAGGGUGGAGUUGCCUUCAACUCUCCGCCCACCCGUGACCACGCCUUCACUCAGAGGGGUGUGGUCUCGUCUGUAGUGCCACUAAUCAAAUCCCCCUUCAGGCUUAAUCAUAGAAUGUACACCAGUCCUGUGCUUGGAGCAGCUGAACGCUCCUUCAGCUCAACCCAAGAUCAGGAACGUUCCCUUACAGAGUAUAUCCAGCAUCUGGAAACUGUCCAGCAACGUCUGGGAGCCGCUCGUCCAGGUUCACCAUCAGUGCUUCCAAAUGCCAGAAAAUCUGCCCGAUGAAUGAAGUGGUCUGAUCACUAGUGCCAGUCUAAUCGUUUUGUUUUACAUUUUUCAUAAAUUAUUUUUUUAACUGCUGUAAUUUUGCUAAGCUUAAUCAUUUUAGCUGAACCGGUCACCGAUUAACGUGUGUUUUGUUGUUUUUGCAACCAGUGCUUUUUUUUCACGUUUUGUAUAAAAUUUUUCAACGGUCUGUAAAUGUGUUCACAGUUUCUAUUUUCUACAUGUUGUCCACUAAGCAUUUGACAUUUGCACUUUUUUUUUAUGUGUCACUCAUUAAAUGCACACGGUUGGACAUUUUGUAAAAUGUUUUAUAUUCCGUUUUUAAAUGGACAGUAUUUCUAUGAAAAUCAAUAAAUAUUUUAGGCUAAAUCAA